AUGUUCGCAAAAUCGCUCGCUUCUAUCGCUCGUCCCAUUGCUCGCUCGACCGUUGCGUCGAGAAGAUUCGUUGGACAUGUAUCGGCCCCAUCCACACUCGACUCAUGGGCACGCUAUCCCGCUGCUAGGUUGAUCACUUACGACGUCUUGAAGGCCAAGACUAUGAGCCCCAGACCCAACACAUUCUUAUUUGACGUCCGUGGGCCGGAUGAAGUUGAACAGGGCAUGAUCCCCUCAGCAAUCUCUAUCCCUAUCAACACCCUUGAAAGGUCACUUAAGAUGUCCCCCGAGGAGUUCAAGGCCAAAUAUGGAGUUCCCAAGCCGGAGAAAGACCAAGAGGUUACUUUCUACUGCAAGAAGGGCCUGAGGUCUACCAUGGCCAGCGAAAUUGCCAUGCGGGAAGGAUUCACGAAUGUUGUGAACUACAAGGGAUCCUGGAUUGAGUGGGUGACAAAGGAGAACCUCCAGGUUAAGGACGUCGCACCUACUGUCAUGUCCUAA